ACAAAAAAAAAUAACCAAUAGAAUAAAGGCAAGGAGACAUCUGAACAAAUUAAAGUUACAAAAUUAAAGUAUAAAUAUGAAAUAGCAACAUCUUUGUAUAUGGGAGUUCCUUCUAAAACAGGCAAAAUCAUUAUUGUUUCUAUUAUUGCAUUAGUUAUUAUUUUAGUAAUAGCUGCUGUCUUCUGUUUGUCUGGCGGCGACAAUAAAGUAAAAGGCCAAAAACACCAAAGUAAAAUUCCUAUUAGAUAUUCUAAUGUUAAAUCUACCAACUCUAUAGGUACUAUGGCAGAGAUUGGUCAGAAUGAAAUUAUAUUAGUAAAACCAUCCAAUUCACGCAUUCCAAAAAAGAAAACGAUAGAAAAGAAGAAAAAUAUUUAAUUGUACUGAAUGAUAUGCAUUUCUUUUAAAUCACAAUCAGUUUAUUGGUAUAAGGUUCGAGGGGUCUCGAACGGAUGGCCGUCGAGCGCCACACUCUCUUCUUAUACUCUCUAAGCCGUUCCUUGUGCUCCUGGAGCGGUCGUAACAAGUUAAUGUCUUUGACUGCUGGGUGAAGACUAGUAUAAAUUAGAGCAAUCUAUUGUUUGAAUAUACUAUAAGAAAUAUUUUGUAGUAGAUUAAAUAAAGCACCGUGU